CAUGAAAAGGAAACUAUGACUGAGGUGCAAGAUGCUGGAAGCGUGUACCACCAGAGGUACUGGGUGGUGGUAGAUGAUUUAGACUAUAUGUACAUUAAAUAUGCCAGGGUUUGGAUCCCUGAUCCAGAGGAAGUCUGGAAGUCAGCAGAACUUCUCAAAGAUUACAAACAAGGAGAUAAAGUCCUCCAGCUUCGACUUGAAGAGGGCAAGGAUUUGCAAUACUGCCUUGAUCCGAAGACGAAGGAACUGCCCCCGUUAAGAAACCCUGAUAUUCUUGUUGGUGAAAAUGAUCUCACGGCACUCAGUUAUCUCCAUGAACCUGCUGUUCUACACAACCUCAAAGUUCGCUUUAUAGAUUCAAAACUCAUUUAUACCUACUGUGGUAUCGUCUUGGUAGCCAUAAAUCCUUAUGAACAACUGCCUAUCUAUGGCGAAGAUAUCAUCAAUGCAUACAGUGGUCAGAAUAUGGGGGAUAUGGAUCCACACAUAUUUGCUGUGGCUGAAGAAGCCUACAAACAGAUGGCCAGAGAUGAACGGAAUCAGUCUAUCAUUGUAAGUGGGGAAUCUGGAGCAGGAAAGACGGUCUCUGCUAAGUAUGCCAUGAGAUACUUUGCCACUGUUAGUGGUUCUGCCAGUGAAGCAAAUGUUGAAGAGAAAGUACUGGCUUCUAACCCUAUCAUGGAGUCCAUCGGAAAUGCCAAAACCACAAGGAAUGACAACAGUAGUCGUUUUGGAAAGUACAUUGAAAUUGGUUUCGAUAAGAGGUACCGAAUCCUUGGUGCUAACAUGAGAACUUAUCUCUUAGAAAAAUCAAGAGUGGUAUUUCAGGCAGAAGAGGAGAGAAAUUAUCACAUUUUUUAUCAGCUCUGUGCCUCUGCAGCAUUACCUGAGUUUAAAACACUGAGAUUAGGGAAUGCAACUUAUUUUCACUAUACAAAGCAAGGGAGUAGUCCAGUGAUUGAUGGCAUUGAUGAUGCUAAGGAAAUGGUACACACCAGACAGGCCUGCACUUUGCUAGGGAUUAAUGAUUCCUACCAGAUGGGAAUCUUUCGAAUCCUCGCUGGGAUCCUUCACCUGGGCAACGUUGGCUUUACCUCUCGGGAUGCUGACAGCUGCACGAUCCCUCCCAAACAUGAACCCCUCACUAUCUUCUGUGACCUCAUGGGUGUGGAAUAUGAAGAGAUGUCUCACUGGCUUUGCCAUAGGAAGCUUGCUACUGCUUCUGAGACCUACAUCAAGCCCAUUUCCAAACUGCAGGCCAUCAAUGCCAGAGAUGCUCUUGCCAAACAUAUCUAUGCCAAACUCUUUAACUGGAUUGUUGAUCACGUGAACAAAGCUCUGCAUUCUUCAGUAAAGCAGCAUUCGUUCAUCGGCGUAUUGGACAUUUAUGGGUUCGAGACAUUUGAGAUAAACAGCUUUGAACAGUUUUGUAUCAACUAUGCCAAUGAAAAACUGCAGCAACAGUUCAAUAUGCAUGUAUUUAAGCUGGAACAGGAGGAAUAUAUGAAGGAACAAAUUCCAUGGACUUUGAUUGAUUUCUAUGACAAUCAGCCUUGUAUUAAUCUCAUAGAGGCCAAACUGGGCAUCUUGGAUCUACUAGAUGAGGAAUGUAAGAUGCCAAAAGGAUCAGAUGGCUCUUGGGCCCAGAAGUUGUAUAACACACAUUUGAAUAAAUGUGUGCUCUUUGAAAAACCACGUAUGUCAAACAAAGCUUUUAUCAUACAACACUUUGCUGACAAGGUGGAAUAUCAAUGUGAAGGCUUCCUGGAAAAGAACAAAGACACAGUUUAUGAAGAACAAAUCAAGGUCCUAAAAUCAAGUAAGAAGUUUAAGAUGCUGUCAGAGUUAUUUCAGGAUGACGAGAAGGCUUUUAGUCCCACCUCAGCAACCCCUUCAGGUCGCACGCUGCUGACUCGCACUGCUGUCAAACCAGCCAAAGCCAGACCAGGCCACGCAAGCAAGGAGCAUAAGAAAACUGUGGGACACCAGUUUCGGAACUCUCUUCAUCUACUGAUGGAAACCCUUAAUGCUACAACUCCACAUUACGUGCGUUGUAUUAAGCCCAAUGACUUCAAGUUUCCAUUCACGUUUGAUGAAAAGCGGGCAGUUCAGCAGCUCAGAGCUUGUGGAGUUCUGGAAACUAUCCGGAUCAGUGCAGCUGGCUUCCCCUCACGGUGGACCUAUCAGGAAUUCUUCAGCCGCUACCGUGUCUUAAUGAAGCAAAAAGAUGUCCUUAGUGACAGAAAACAGACCUGCAAAAAUGUGUUGGAGAAGUUGAUUUUGGACCAGGAUAAGUAUCAGUUUGGUAAAACAAAAAUAUUUUUUCGGGCUGGUCAAGUAGCCUAUCUGGAAAAAAUAAGAGCAGAUAAGCUGAGAGCUGCUUGCAUCCGCAUCCAGAAGACGAUCCGAGGAUGGCUGAUGCGGAAGAAGUACCUGCGCAUGAGGAAAGCAGCCAUCACCAUUCAGAGAUAUGUCCGAGGGUACCAGGCUCGAUGCUAUGCCAUGUUCUUGAGAAGAACCAGGGCUGCCAUCAUAAUUCAGAAGUUCCAGCGCAUGUGUGUGGUUCGCAAAAGAUACCGUCUCAUGCAAGCUGCCACUGUUAUGCUUCAGUCACUUUUACGAGGGUACAUGGCCAGGAACCAAUACCAAAGGAUGCUUCGAGAGCAUAAAGCCAUUAUUAUUCAGAAGCGUGUGCGGGGCUGGCUGGCUCGUGUGCACUACCAUCGGAGCUUGAGGGCAAUCGUUUACCUGCAAUGCUGCAUCAGGCGUAUGAUUGCCAGGAGGGAGCUAAAGAAGUUGAAGAUAGAGGCGCGCUCUGUGGAACGCUACAAGAAACUCAAUAUUGGGAUGGAGAACAAGAUCAUGCAACUGCAGCGUAAAAUUGAUGAGCAGAACAAAGACUACAAAUCCCUACUGGAGAAACUAACUAGCUUGGAAACCACAUACACCACGGAGACCGAGAAAUUGCGGAGUGAUGUGGAAAGGCUUCGCAUGAGUGAGGAGGAGGCUAAGAAUGCCACCAACCGUGUUCUCGUACUCCAAGAGGAGAUCGCCAAGCUUCGAAAGGAGCUGCACCAAACUCAGUCUGAGAAGAUAACAAUUGAGGAAUGGUCAAACAGAUACAAACAAGAAACAGAACAGUUGGUAUCAGAACUGAAAGAACAAAACACGCUGCUGAAAAAGGAAAAAGAGGAGCUGAAUCGUCGCAUCCAUGAUCAGGCCAAGGAGAUAACAGAGACGCUAGAGAAGAAGUUUGUUGAGGAAACAAAACAGCUGGAGCUAGAUCUGAAUGACGAGAGGCUAAGGUAUCAGAAUCUGCUGAAUGAGUUCAGCCGCUUAGAGGAGCGCUAUGACGACCUCAAGGAUGAGGUGAAUCUGAUGGUGAGCAUCCCCAAGCCUGGACACAAAAGAACAGAUUCCACACACAGCAGCAAUGAAUCUGAAUAUACAUUUAGCUCUGAGAUUACGGAAGCAGAAGACUUACCACUGAGAAUGGAGGAGCCAAGUGAGAAAAAGCCACCGCUGGACAUGUCUCUGUUCCUCAAGCUGCAGAAACGGGUUACAGAGCUGGAGCAGGAAAAGCAAUCCUUGCAGGAUGAAUUGGACAGGAAGGAGGAACAGGCUCUCCGCACCAAGACAAGGGAGGAGGAGAGGCCCCCAAUGAGAGGCGCAGAACUAGAGUAUGAGUCACUCAAGCGUCAAGAACUUGAAUCUGAGAACAAAAAGCUGAAGAAUGAGCUGAAUGAGUUGCAGAAGGCUCUUAUGGAGAAGGGCUCUCCAGAGGUGACUGCUCCUGGUGCUCCUGCCUAUAGAGUCCUCCUGGAACAGCUGACCUCUGUGAGUGAGGAGCUGGAGGUGCGCAAGGAAGAAGUCCUCAUCCUGAGGUCUCAGCUGGUGAGUCAGAAGGAGGCUAUUCAACCCAAGGAGGAUAAGAAUACUAUGACAGAUUCUACAAUCCUGUUGGCGGAUGUACAGAAGAUGAAAGACAAAGGAGAAAUAGCCCAGGCCUAUAUUGGGCUAAAGGAAACAAACAGGCUCCUAGAAUCUCAGCUUCAGUCCCAGAAAAAGAGUCACGACAAUGAGUUGGAAGCUCUCCGGGGCGAGAUUCAGAGUCUGAAGGAGGAGAAUAACCGCCAGCAGCAGCUUUUAGCACAGAAUCUGCAGCUGCCCCCUGAGGCCCGGAUUGAGGCCAGUCUACAGCAUGAGAUCACACGGCUGACUAAUGAAAACCUGGAUUUAAUGGAGCAGCUUGAAAAGCAGGACAAGACAGUUCGCAAGCUGAAAAAGCAGCUGAAAGUGUUUGCUAAAAAGAUUGGUGAACUGGAAGUGGGUCAGAUGGAAAACAUUUCGCCUGGGCAAAUCAUUGACGAACCCAUACGUCCAGUUAAUAUUCCACGGAAAGAAAAGGACUUCCAGGGAAUGUUAGAAUAUAAGAAGGAUGAUGAGCCAAAAUUGGUCAAGAAUCUUAUUUUAGAUCUGAAACCACGUGGUGUGGCAGUCAACCUGAUCCCAGGACUACCAGCAUAUAUAUUGUUUAUGUGUGUCCGCCAUGCUGAUUACCUUAAUGAUGAUCAAAAAGUGAGGUCAUUACUGACUUCCACUAUUAAUGGCAUCAAAAAAGUAUUGAAGAAAAGAGGUGACGACUUUGAAACAGUCUCCUUCUGGCUAUCUAACACCUGCCGAUUUUUGCACUGUUUGAAGCAAUAUAGUGGAGAAGAGGGGUUUAUGAAGCACAAUACACCUCGUCAGAAUGAACACUGCCUCACCAAUUUUGACUUGGCUGAAUACAGACAGGUAUUGAGUGACUUGGCUAUUCAAAUCUACCAGCAGCUCGUCAGAGUGUUAGAGAAUAUUCUGCAGCCAAUGAUUGUUUCAGGAAUGCUGGAGCAUGAAACUAUUCAGGGCGUCUCAGGGGUCAAGCCAACAGGGCUGCGAAAGAGAACAUCCAGUAUUGCUGAUGAAGGGACCUACACACUGGACUCUAUCAUUCGACAGCUGAAUGCGUUCCACUCUGUAAUGUGUCAGCAUGGUAUGGAUCCAGAGCUGAUCAAGCAAGUUGUCAAGCAAAUGUUUUACAUUGUUGGGGCAGUAACUCUGAAUAACCUGUUGCUGCGCAAGGACAUGUGCUCCUGGAGCAAAGGGAUGCAGAUACGGUACAAUGUGAGUCAACUUGAAGAAUGGCUACGCGACAAAAAUUUGAUGAACAGUGGGGCUAAAGAAACACUGGAGCCUCUCAUUCAGGCUGCACAGUUAUUGCAAGUGAAAAAGAAGACCGAUGAAGAUGCAGAAGCCAUUUGUUCAAUGUGCAAUGCUCUAACUACGGCACAGAUUGUAAAAGUUUUGAAUUUGUAUACUCCAGUUAAUGAGUUUGAAGAAAGGGUCUUGGUAUCAUUUAUACGUACGAUACAGAUGCGUUUACGAGACAGGAAAGACUCCCCUCAGCUGCUAAUGGAUGCUAAACACAUCUUUCCUGUUACUUUUCCAUUUAAUCCAUCCUCUCUUGCAUUAGAAACCAUUCAAAUUCCAGCCAGCUUGGGCCUAGCAUUCAUCUCACGUGUUUGAACCAAGGAUGAACUUGUCAGCUAUUAACAAUAAGUCCAUUGCCUGAAAUCUGAAUCCAUUAACAUAUAGUGAGCCACUGAAAAUACGUUUUUGAGAGGACAGUACUAUAUAUUCCCAGAUUUUUAGUAUGAGUAGCUGGAAAUCUACAUAACCAUACCACAACUGGAAGGCUGGUAGAAACAUGUGCAUUUGUAUAGGCCAUUAUUUUCAUGUAGACACAGUACUGAUUGUUAGGUUUCCUGAAUAUGAAUAUGGGGCUUGGGCAAAAAUUGUGUCUUCAGAUGCCUAGAAACAUUUUUAGAUCUUUAGUAACAUAUUUAAAUAGUGUACAUUUAAAAUCCAUACACACUCUUCUCAUAAGGAAAGACUGAUAAGGACAGAUGCAAUACUUUAAGCAGAGGACUAAAAGUAAGGCAUUGUGUAGUAGAAUACAUCGUCAUGUAGAAACCUGUUUGUCCAUUACAGUUUUUGACAAUUUAAACAUAGCAAACUGGCAAUAUAUAAAAUAAUUUGUUAAACAGCUUCCUUAUUUAUGUCAGCCCUGACAUAAAUUAUGAAGUAUUAUUAAAGUCUUUUGGCUUACGAUGCGGUAUAACAUAGGUGUUCAUUUGUUAGGACUGUGGUUUACUAAGCAUAUUAAACUGCUGCUGAGUAUUGUGUUCUUUAAAAUAUAUGACUGUAUCCUUUAUUAGGCACUAAAAUAAGAGAGUUCACUUUUUAUUAUCAACUUUGUUUACAAUCCAGUGCAAUCCGUUCCUUUAACUGGAUUUAUGCAAAUGUCAACAAAUAUCACCUGGAAAGGAAAAAUGGUAACUAAGCACAAGUAGCAGCACACUGGAAGUUAGAUUAUCGUUUUCUUUAAAAGUUUACUAAAAUAUUUGUCUUGUGAUAAAAUGAACAAAAGUCAGUCAUGAUUAUAACAUUUAUUUCACAUUUUUGUAGUUGGUCAGGGUUUUUCCUUUGUCCAAUUUUAGUCCCCGGAAAAGGCAUUGUAUUUUUUCAAUAUCAUCCAUUGUAUAUCUUUUUCAGUAUCAUCCAUGGUACUCUUUAAGAUGUAUUUUCAAAAUACCUAGAAGGAAAGGGGAAAUUCCUUCAGUAGGCCAAUACCUUUAUUAUUCUAUCUAUUGACUCUAGGAAAUAUACAACAAACACUGACUAGGAAGGGAGUAAUUAAAAUUGUGCAAUUUGUGAAUCUAUCCACAUAGUUCAUAAACCUAUUUAACAAAAGGGUUAUUUCAUGCUAGAAAAAUACUUUUAAAAAAUCUAUAAAGUGUUCUGUAAGAUCCAGAAUACACAAUGACAAAUUACAGUUGUUUUAACCACUGCACUUCCAAUCAGAAAGAAUAUUUCCUCUUGUUACUCCUCAGAUUUGCUCCACUGUGGAAUUUUUAUUUCAGAAUACACAACAGUUAAGUCAGAUGCCUUGGUCAACACUCUGUUUCUGAAUUUUAAAAUACUGUCAGUGAUGUAUAGAGCAAAUAUACAUGUGAAAAAGUUAUGCAUUACAAAAUUGUAGUGUGCAAUAUUUUAAUGUAUCGUGCAAAUUAGCAACUUAGCAUGAACAUUUGUUUCUUUAAAAGAUCAGAAAAAUAUUCUGGAUGUAUACUUUUACAAUGUUCUGGUACUAGUCAAUUCCCUUGCAAACCUGCAGAAUAAUUUUGCUAUCAAGUGAGCUGACCAAUACAUUUCAGUUUUAUUUGAGAUGUAAACAUGCACCUUAUGUAUGGUGACUGAUAAUAUGUAUAAUAAAGAGAAAGCUAGAUCUUUUGUCAGUACCAUUUUGAAAUGCUCAUGCCUUUUUAUUUUCAAAAGUGUAUGCCCAUUUUUUGUGUUUGACAGCUCACUACUGAUACAUUCAGGUACCUACAAGUAAGCAUUGCAUAUUUAAUUUGGAUGAUCUUUGUUAAAUUAUUUAAAUUAUUUUCAUAUGCAAAGUAAACCAAAAGCACUUCAUCCAAAUAUGUUUGUUACUUUAUCUCUGAGGACAAGGAUAAUAUAUACUGGCUCCAAACACAGUAUAAUUUAAUAUGGUGGGGUAUACUAAUCUUUCAAAAUUUCAGGAAGUACUGCACUUGUUAAUAUUUCAUGAAAAACCCUGAUAUUGAGUAAGAGUGUAAGAGCAGGAAAUAGGUGAAAACAUUUAGAAAAAUAGAAACUUUUUUUCUCCUCUUUAAUAAAAACUGGCACAACAGUAUAUUUAUACUGUAGAUCAGAACAUAUAUUUACUACUUAAACACAAUUAUGAAAAUUUGUUUAAAAAAUUUUGUUUUUAAAAUUUGUUUACCUGUAUAAAGCCUUACUCUGUCUGUUUCCUUAAAGUAGUAGUUUGUUGUUUAUAGGUAUUAUUCUUAAACUCACUGGGUUUGAGUAGUGUUACAUUUGUAUCACAUUAAAAGUGUAUGCUGCUUCACAUGUUUUGAAGGAAAAUAUUUCUAAGUUGAAGUAGAUGUGUACUUGGUAAUUCAUCUGAGGAUUUACACAACAGUAUUUUGCGUGUGCUUUUCAGCAGUAAGAAUUUUAAUGUUGAUUUAUGAUAUAAAAUAUUUAUCUUUUUAGGUUUAAAGUCUCUAAAUAACUACAGAAAAAAACGUAAACAUCUUUUAACAACUUAUUUUUUCCUUUGAAUCAUGGUAAUGCUCUUUUAAUGUGGACAUAACUUUUAUAUUUUAAUUUAUUAUCUAUUGGUAUAGUAGAUUCUGUUGGAUGCUGGACAUUAUUAAUUUGUCAAUGUCCCCUUUGACAUAUAUGACCAUUCUAAAAAUGUUGCACAAGAAUUACCUCAUUGAGUUAGGUAUAGUUUUAGACCAGGGAUUAUUUUGCUCUGCCUUUUGCAACAUAAUCUUCUAUCCAAAUUUUAACAAAUUGCUACCCAGGCUUGAAUCUAGAUAGAACUUGAAUGUGCUUAAAUAAUUUUGCUUUAUUAAAAUAUGAUAAAGCUAGUCGACCAAAUUAGACCAAAUUAAAAAGAUAGGGUAUACGUCAUCUUUGAAAAGUUGUUUUUUUAAUCCGUUAACAGUUGCUCCAUAUCUGGAAACACCAGCAUUUGAAAGCUGAAGGACUACAUCAUCUAGGAUGUAAAAUUGAACACAUUUCAAAAUACCAUACAGGAAUUCUGAGAAUUACUUUUGUUUAAGAUGCUGAUAAUUCAUCUGAUUAAAUAAAUACCUGUAAACAGGUUUUCACUUUAUACCACCAUGGUACAUUAAUGAAAAUCAAAACAAUAUCAGAAAGACAUACGCUUUGAAAUGUAGUAGUGUCUGAUGUUGUACUUAGUAAAUGUGUGCAUCAUAAACACUGUAUCCUAUUAGCUGUCACUGAAAAAUGUCCAAAUAAAAAACAACUCUACAGCUGUUAA